GUGGUCUGUUCAGCACUGUUUGGAAGUGUGUAUCCCAUGUUACCAGCUGUCACUGCUCACCCCCUCCGCCUUGUGUCCGGCUCAAAGACCUUGGUACUAUUUAUAAUUUGGGCCACACCCUCGCACUGGCACAUAGCAAGACGAGCCUGUAUACACUUAGCACGGCUACAGUAUAUACUCACAGAGUGACACACUAGACAUAACACAAGUGUAUACAAAAACACUGAGCAAGCAAUCAACAAAGUGUCACAUAGAAAUCAUUCUUCACUAAUCAUCACUAUACAAAAACUAGUAGACAAAGAAUCAUGCCAGUGUAAAGUCACACCCACCUCACCUGUACAUACUACGCAACCUGUUAGCAAAACAAACUCUUGACAGAUUUGUGCACCUAUACAUAUACAGCUAGCCAAGAUACUUCCUUCAUACGAAACCAUAUGAAGACAGAAGAGGAUCUAAUGAAAAUUGGCCGGAGGCUGGAGAAGCGGAUCAGCGAGCAGAGCACGGAUCGUAUUCUGGAUCUGUUAAAGGAGCUGCAGAGAUUUCAAGUCACGGUCUCGCUCCUGAGGAGCACUAAGAUUGGAGUAAUUGUCAAUAAGUUAAAGAAGCAAAGCAAGGAUCCAGAGAUUGGAGAGCUUUCCAAAGCCAUUAUCAGAGAUUGGAAAAGACUUCUGGAAAACUCAUACAAGAACAAUGAAGCCUCCGUUGAUGCAGUUAUUCAUUCUCCCACCAAGGCUGAACCAGAAAAAAAACAGAAAGAAGAAAAGAAGUCACAUUUGAAAAAUCCAUGUCCUGAGAGCUCACAGUCUGUGAGCCAACAACCUGCCAUCAAGGACCCAAAAGUAAAACGGACUUUUCUCUCAUGCAGUGACUGCCCUGAAGGUCAUUCUCCAUCUCAGAACCAGCAAAAAACUUUCAAAGACUCAAAGCUGAAACGAAGCCAUUCAACUGAUGUUCAAUCUUCAUCUCAGAUUUCCAAGAAGCUAGAAAGGCGCCUCUCUUUAAACACUAAAUUACCAUCAUCUCCUGGUUCUAACAUUGCUAGUAACAACAAAGAGGAAAGGAGUUACUCACCAACUUCAUCAAGUCGAAAUGGAGCCAACAAACCUUCUUCAAAUACCAAAGAGGAAAGGAGACACUCCAUUUCUUCACCAACUUCAUCAAGUCGAAAUGGAUCCAACAAACCUACAAACACCAAAGAGGAAAGGAAAUACACAAUGCCUUCACCAACUUCAUCAAGCUGCAAUGGAUCCAACAAACCUUCUACAAGCACUAAAGAGGAAAGGAGACACUCCAUGUCUUCACCAACUUCAUCAAGUCGAAAUGGAUCCAACAAACCUACAAGCACCAAAGAGGAAAGGAGACACUCCAUGUCUUCACCAACAUCAUCAAGUCGAAAUGGAUCGAACAAACCUUCUACAAACACCAAAGAAGAAAGGAAACACUCCAUGUCUUCACCAACUUCUUCAAGUUGCAAUGGAUCCAACAAACCUUCUACAAACACCAAAGAGGAAAGACCUGGUGCUCCGUUGGCAUCUUCCCCCACUUGUAGUAGUCCUCCUUCUUUGGCUCUGCUAGCACCCUGUUAUGUGACAGGCGAUUCUGUGAGAGACAAGUGUGUAGAGAUGAUAGCAUCUGCUCUGAAGACUGAUGAUGACUAUAAAACUUUUGGAGUAAAUUGUGAGAAAAUUGCAUGGGAAAUAGAAGAAAGCAUAUACAAGGAAAUGAAAGCCACGGAUAUGAAGUACAGAAACAGGAUCAGAAGUCGAAUUAGCAACCUGAAAGAUCCAAAGAAUCCGAAUCUUAGACGUAAUGUACUCUGUGGAAUGGUAUCACCGCAGAACAUUGCCACAAUGACAGCGGAGGAAAUGGCAAGUGAUGAACUGAAAGAACUUAGGAACACACUGACACAAGAAGCUAUAAGAGAGCAUCAGAUGGCAAAGACAGGAGGCACGCAGACAGACUUGUUACAAUGUGAUAAGUGUAAGAAGAAGAACUGCACAUAUAACCAGGUGCAGACCCGCAGUGCUGAUGAGCCAAUGACAACUUUUGUGUUAUGCAAUGAAUGUGGUCAUCGUUGGAAGUUCUGUUGAUCUUUGGCACCCAAUGACAACAAUGAAUGAUCUUCCUGCUCUGUAAAUAUCCCAGGAUCAACGGUGUUUUCUCCCAGAUCUAUCCCUAUGCCAUACUUUAAGCCCUUUGUUUUCCCUUGGAUUCAUCAAGUCCUUUGCUUUUAUUUUAUAUAGAGUUUUUAUAGAGAAGAGUGGCAUUUGUAGAGUGUUAGAAUUGGUUACAUUUUAUAGAUAUGGUGACAUAUGGGGUUAUAUUGCUGCUCUCAUGCAGAUAAAUGGAUAUAGGUGUCUGCUCAGCGGCACUACUAGAUAUAUUUUUACAGAAGCAGUUACAGUAUACCUACUGAUGUAUUUUAUUCCGUUUUAAAGGGGUACUCCGGCGCUAAGACAUCUUAUCCCCUAUCCAAAGGAUAGGGGAUAAGAUGCCUGAUCGCGGGGGUCCCGCCGCUGGGGACCCCCGUGAUCUUGCACGCAGCAUCCCGUUGCAAUCAGUCCCCGGAGCACGUUCACUCCGGGUCUGAUUACUGGCGAUCACGGGGGCCAGAGCAUUGUGACAUCAUGGCCCCGCCCCCAUGUGAUGUCACGCUCCACCCCCUCAAUAAAGGCCUAUGGGAGGGGGCGUGACAGCUAUCAUGCCCCCUUAGGCUUGCAUUGAGGGGGCGGAGCGUGGCAUCACACGGGGGAGGGGCCGUGACGUCACAAUGCUCCGGCCCUUUAACCCUUCACAUUAGUCAUAAAGUUCAGGGUUUGAAUAUAAAUAUUGAAUAACAUUUAAUUCCUUUUUUCUUUUGUUAUUCUCCAGCUUUCAGUUUUUAUGGCAUUGUAAAGCACACUAAGUCUAAUAUUAAUAAUAUUAUCUAUUUCAGUAUUGAAUUCUUUUCUUCAACGAAUGCUUAUUAAAAAUCCCAGAUAAUAAGUGAUGGAAAACUGUAUGCGAUUUACCAAAUAAAGGAAU